AUGGGGUCCCACUCAACACACAUAUACAAAAAUACACACACACACAGGUGUCAAUGCACAGGUACUUUUACUAUCUGUCUUUUUCAUGCAUGUAGAAAAAACGAUGAGCUAAGAAAGGAUGAUGUUGAUGCACUCUGUUGUUUGGCACAUGCACAUGGGGAGGACUUUACCAUUUUCAUCCCAUCAAUUCACAAACUUCUCAUAAAGCAUCGCUUGCGGCACAAGGAAUUUGAUGAGAUUGAGGGGCGAUUACAAAGGUGUAGACCUUUAAUUGUUGCCAGUGUAGCAGCACAAAAGUCAAUCCGACAGCCUCAUGUGGAGGUUAUUAGUGAUCCUUUGAGUGAUAUGGAGAAUGAUCCUUAUGAAGAUGUUCACAAACAACCCAAAGUUUAUCAGAUUGCGUGCUGCUGGAGAAGCUUCUCAACGUAG